AUGGGUGAUGCUGGCCAAAGUCGCCCAAAUCAGCCAAAAUGGUCCCAAAUGGACAAGAAGCAGUAUUUCGGAAAGCUGCUGACGAUGAUGGUCGGAAUGAGGACGGUUUUGUUCCCCCUUCAAGUUGUCAAGACCAGAUUACAGUUCCAAAAUAAAGCAGAUGCUCAGUAUUCGGGCACCUACGAUUGUAUCAAGAAAAUUGCUCGUCGAGAAGGGUUUCAAGGUUUCUUCAAGGGUUAUCCAAUAAGUAUGCUGUCACUGCCGGCUGGCUUCAUCUACCUCACUUCCCUCGAGCUGAGCUGGCAGUUUCUGCCCUCGUCGCUACCCGCCUCCGUCAAAGACUCCUUAUCGGGUGUCGCCGCCUGCGCCGCCAGUCAACUCUGGAUGGUCCCCGUCGACGUCGUCAGCCAGCACCAGCAAGUCAACACCAAAAAUCUCAAAACCAAAGAGCAGUUGCGUCAAACAUCAACUCUCGCGAAGAAAAUCUUCCGCAACGGCGGCUUGACCGGCUUCUACCGUGGUUUCUGGAUUUCCCUCUUUACAUUCGGCCCCCAAAGCGCGAUCUUCUGGGGCACUUUUGGAAAAGCUCGGCGGACGUACGACUUCAUUCCAAACCAAAAUCUUCAAGUUAGUCUUUCCGCCGCUACUGCUUCAGUCUUCACAAAUUUGAUAACGACACCGCUGGACACUGUUCGAGCGCGAUAUCAACUGUCAGAAGGGAAGAGUUCGUCUAUCCAAGUGUUCAAAGAGCUUUGGAAGUCCGAAAGAAUAGCUGGACUUUACAAAGGUUACUUCGCGCGAACCCUGUAUGGUCUGCUAAAUUCCUCCCCAAUCGUGAUGGGCUACUUCUGGAUCCGCCGCACCUCCCAAAAAGAUUCCAUUUCGUGA